CGGGAAGGGCCCGAGGAGAGGGGCGGAGCCGACGCGUUAGGCCCGGGCGAGUCAACUACCUUCCCCUCGAGGUAUCUGGGCUAUCUCGUUCCUGAACUAGUCCCCCAAGAACCGUGGCGCUGGCUCCGCAGCUGUUGCAGCUGGACCAGGCCUCCAGCCGUGCCUCCGGGGCCUGGGAAACGGUCCUCCCCCUGCCAGCCCCCGCCCUCUCCACUUGGGCGCACACCUCCCUCCCUGACGCAUUUUGCCGCACAAGCUGUAAUAUGGCGGCAGCAACGGCGGCCUGAACUCUAGGGAACGAGGGUGAUUUUUGAUGCUUCAAAAUCGCUGUUGUCAGGGUUGCCUCCCCCUGCUGUCAGGAGUGUACAAGUAUGCAAGCUUCCUAGAUUGAAAUAUUGGAGCCAUGGGAAUAAAGGUUCAGCGUCCUCGAUGUUUUUUUGACAUUGCCAUUAAUAAUCAACCUGCUGGAAGAGUUGUCUUUGAAUUAUUUUCUGAUGUGUGCCCCAAAACAUGCGAGAACUUUCGUUGUCUUUGUACAGGUGAAAAGGGGACAGGGAAAUCAACUCAGAAACCAUUACAUUAUAAGAGUUGUCUCUUUCACAGAGUCGUCAAGGAUUUUAUGGUUCAAGGUGGUGACUUCAGUGAAGGGAAUGGACGAGGAGGGGAAUCUAUUUAUGGAGGAUUUUUUGAAGAUGAGAGUUUUGCUGUUAAACACAACAAAGAAUUUCUCUUGUCUAUGGCCAACAGAGGGAAGGACACAAACGGUUCACAGUUCUUCAUAACAACGAAGCCAACUCCUCAUUUAGAUGGGCAUCAUGUUGUUUUUGGGCAAGUGAUAUCUGGCCAAGAAGUUGUAAGAGAGAUAGAAAAUCAGAAAACAGAUGCAGCUAGCAAACCAUUUGCUGAGGUGCGGAUACUCAGUUGUGGAGAGCUAAUUCCCAAAUCUAAAGCUAAGAAAGAAGAAAAGAAAAGACAUAAGUCAUCAUCAUCAUCAUCCUCCUCAUCUAGUGACUCAGAUAGCUCAAGUGAUUCUCAGUCCUCUUCUGAUUCUUCUGAUUCAGAAAGUGCUUCUGAAGAGAAAUCAAAAAAAAGAAAAAAGAAACAUAGGAAAAAUUCCCGAAAACACAAGAAAGAAAAGAAGAAGCGAAAGAAAAGCAAGAAAAGCGCAUCUAGCGAAAGUGAGACUGAAAAUCUUGAAGCACAACCACAGUCUACUGUCCGUCCAGAAGAGAUCCCUCCUAUACCUGAAAAUCGAUUCCUAAUGAGAAAAAGUCCCCCUAAAGCGGAUGAAAAAGAAAGGAAAAACAGAGAAAGGGAGAGAGAGAGAGAGUGUAAUCCACCUAACUCCCAGCCUGCUUCAUACCAGAGGCGACUUUUAGUUACUAGGUCUGGCAGGAAAAUUAAAGGAAGAGGACCAAGGCGUUACCGAACUCCUUCUAGAUCCAGAUCAAGGGAUCGUUUCAGACGUAGUGAGACUCCUCCACAUUGGAGGCAAGAGAUGCAGAGAGCACAAAGAAUGAGGGUAUCAAGUGGUGAAAGAUGGAUCAAAGGGGAUAAGAGUGAAUUAAAUGAACUAAAAGAAAAUCAAAGAAGCCCAGUUAGAGUAAAAGAGAAAAAAAUAACUGAUCACAGGCAUGUGUCUGAGAGUCCAAACAGAAAAAAUGAAAAGGAAAAGAAAGUUAAAGACCAUAAAUCUAACAGUAAGGAGAGAGACAUCAGAAGAAAUUCAGAAAAAGAUGAUAAAUAUAAUAAAAACAAAGUGAAGAAACGGGCCAAAUCUAAAAGUAGGAGUAAGAGCAAAGAGAAAUCAAAGAGUAAAGAAAGAGACACAAAGCAUAAUAGACAUGAAGAAAAGAGGAUGAGGUCAAGGAGUAAAGAAAGGGAUCAUGAGAUUGUUAAAGAAAAAGAAAAGUGUGAUUCUAAAGGAAAAGAUCAGGAAAGAAGUAGAAGUAAAGAGAAAUCUAAACAGUUAGAAUCAAAAAGUAAUGAGCAUGAUCAUAAUAAAAGUAAGGAAAAAGAUAGACGUGCACAGUCUAGGAGUAGAGAACGUGAUGUCACUAAAGGCAAACACAGUUACAAUAGUAGAACAAGAGACCGAAGCAGAAGUAGGGACAGGAGCAGAAGAGUGCGAUCUAGAAGCCAUGACCGAGAUCGCAGCAGGAGCAAGGAGUACCAUAGAUACAGGGAGCAAGAGUACAGGAGAAGAGGAAGGUCCCGAAGCCGAGAGAGAAGAGCAACACCAGGAAGAUCGAGAAGUAAAGAUAGGAGGAGGCGGAGGAGAGAUUCACGAAGUUCAGAGAGAGAAGAAAGUCAAAGCAGAAACAAAGAAAAAUAUAGAAACCAAGAAAGUAAAAGUUCACACAGAAAAGAAAAUUCUGAGGGUGAGAAGAGAAUGUACUCUAAAAAUCGUGAUCAUAAUAGCUCAAAUAAUAAUAGGGAAAAAAAGGCUGAUAGAGAUCAAAGUCCAUUCUCAAAAAUAAAACACAGUAGUCAGGACAAUGAAUUAAAGUUCUCCACAUUGAAAAAUAAGGAGGAUGAGAAGACCAGGUCCUCAGUGGAAAAAGAAAACCAAAAAUCAAAGAGUCAAGAAAAUGACCACAUACAUGAUAAAAAUAAAAAAUUUGAUCAUGAAUCAAGCCCUGGAACAGAUGAAGAUAAAAGUGGAUGAGUGAGUUGUGUAAACUUCUUAUUUCCAUUCUGUCUCAAAUUUUAAGUUUUAAAGACUUGCUGAUGAAUCUCCUUUAUGUUGUUUCCCUCUUUUCAUUGUUUUUGGGUUUUAUGUUUGUCUUUUUUUUUUUUUUUAAUGUGGACUUUAUUGAGUUGAUCUUUUGAUAAUCUGCAACCUGGAUAAUUUGUACUGCUAAAGUUUUAAUAAACUUGAAAUGAGAAAAACA